GGCGGCGAAGUAGAAUUGGAAUUUUGGAUGGAGGUGAGACUUCAGUUAUUUUGAUAGUGCUGCGGCCUUAUGAAACCAUUUUCCGAUAAGUAAUAAAGAAUUUAGGUGAAAUGUCGAUCUCAGCCUGGUUUAGGUGCGAUGGAAUUUAAGGGUUGGGAGAGAUGCAGAUCUGAGCCUUCUCUACAAACUCGGAGUGACUUUCUUCCUUUGUUCGAUCGCAGCCAUGGCAGAGGGACGAGGUUCACUUAUGCUGCUUAUAAUUGUAUUAGUCUUCGAUCUGAUCGCCUUUGGACUCGCUGUGGUCGCUGAGCAGAGGAGGAGCACGGCUCAGGUGCUUCCGGACAGGGACAAGGAGUACACAUAUUGUGUCUAUGACUCGGACAUCGCCACUGGCUACGGUGUGGGAGCAUUCCUCUUCCUCUUCAUCAGCCAAAUUCUCGUCAUGGCCGCCAGCAAGUGCUUCUGCUGCGGGAGGUCGUUGAGGCCCGGAGGCUCCAGGGCAUGGGCCCUCGUCCUCUUCAUCGCCUGCUGGUUGACGUUCAUCAUCGCCGAGUCGUGCUUGUUGGCGGGAUCAGUUAGGAACGCUUAUCACACAAAAUACCUAGGCGUAUUCUUGAACACCACCCCCUCUUGUGAGACGGUCCGGAAGGGCGUGUUUGGGGCAGGGGCAGCUUUUAUUUUCUUCACAUGCAUCCUUAGCGAGCUCUAUUAUGUCAGCUAUGCCAAGGCCAGGGAAGGAGGCUGGAAUCCUUAUGCCAGGGACUCCGCGGUCGGCAUGGCCACCUACAACUAACUCAAUUUCACUCUCGCUGCUGCACUUACCCACUUCAUCUCCUCUUCGCCUUUUAUCCUCCUUGCCUCCUUUUUUUUUUUUUUUCAAAUUCCUUUACAGCAUUUGUGGUUUAUGUUUAGUGUAGGAACUUGAUUUGAAGGGUUUGUAAUCUAUGCUUUAUACCAUCAUUUCGUUUCAUUUUACUGUGUAAUAAAUAGUUGAUGACAGAUCUAAUUUCUAGGAGCUUCUUCA